AUGUCCUCUAAAUUUAACUCGGACUGCAAACGGCGACAGCGGUGUAAAGGUCUCCCUCUCCCCUCUGUGUACGCGACGUUUAGCGGACAGGUGAGGUGGAGGCGCACAGCUGCCAUGGACGGGCUGUACUUUGAAGUGAAGCCUAAAGGAGGUGAAGUGCAGAGGCCACGGAGCUCUGAUCAGCCCACUCCCCUUCUGACCUCCAACAACCGUUCCUGUCCGUCACUUUUGCGACUGACCUCUUCCUCUCAGAGCCUUCACAAAUGGCCAGGGCAGGUGGAUGUGGAGGCAGGGGAGGAGAUAAGGUACCAACUGACUUUGACUGGUUGUCGGCCCGUCCACCAGCUGACCACCAUGGCCAUGCUGCCCUGGGUGGUGGCUGAAAUCUGCAGGUCGGCCGGGAAGGAACGAGCCGCCGGGCCGCGAGGUGGUCGGGGCGGGGGAGGUCAGUUGGACCCUGCUACGUGCAAUAAGACAGUUCUGCUGUGUGUUUCGGCGUCCUCCGUGCGGUGUGUGUCUGCUCUGGGAGAGCGACGCCUCUGGGACCCCCUGACGCACACGGUGCUCUUCGAAUGUCGCCCUCACCAAGUGACCAAGCUGAUUCACAACAGCCAGGAGCCCAGCAGCUUCGCCUGCCUGGUGAGAGACGCCCCAAAGUGUGCCUGCUAUGUCUUCCAGUGCCAGGACAGCACCAAGGUCCCUGAGAUCAUCAGUACGUUGAGGCAGGCUGGCAAAAGCUCAGCACGCAACGAUGACAUCACCGCUGUUCCCUGCAAAGCUUCCUCCGGCCCCGGACGAGGCGACUCCUCCGACGCCGGCUGCUCUUCCCUCUCUGCAGCGACAAACUCCACGGCCCCCACUUGCGCCGUGUCUCCAACAACCUUUGCCAAAAAGUUUGAGGUACUGUUUUGCGGCCGAGUGAGCGUCGCGCACAAGAAGGCCCCGCCAGCGCUAAUAGACGAGUGCAUCGAGAAGUUCAGUCAGAUGCACGGCUCCAGGACACCCGAGAAGGGAGGAAGCGGUGGCGGAUUGGUCGGUGGGUUGAAGAGGGCAUUAAGCUUCCAAUCCAAUGGACUGGGCGGGAGUUCUGUCGGGAAUGGUGCCGCAGGGAACGCACGCCCUGUUCUGUCCAAGCGGGACCCCAGCUUCCCCAGUCUGCAGGCCCUGGAUGAGAACGGCCUUUCACCAGAGAUUUCCAGCACUGACACUACUGAUCCACUGGACGGCUCUCGAAAAGUACAGCCCACCAGCCUGCAGGAGAACAGGACCAUGCUGUUUACGGUGGGAAAGUCCCAGAUCUUCUUGGUCAGUCCAGACACUAAAAAAGUUGCCAUAGAAAAGAGUUUCAGAGAGAUCUCCUUCUGCUCACAGGGGAUUCGUCACGUUGAUCACUUCGGCUUCAUUUGCAGGGAAACGGUGGAGGGGGGAAACUGUCACUUUGUGUGCUACGUUUUCCAGUGCACUGAUGAAUCACUGGUGGAUGAGAUCAUGCUGACUUUAAAGCAGGCGUUCUCUGUGGCAGCCCUGCAGCAGAAUGCAAAGAUGCAGAACCAGCAGUGUGACAGUUGCCCAAUGCAGCAACUCCACAGGUUGUGUGAGAAAAUAGAAGGUCUGCACCCAUCUAAAACCAAACUGGAGCUUCAGAAACACUUGGCCACUUUGGACAAUGACGAGCAAGCUUCAGUCUUUGAAAACACUAUGCGGGCUCGUCCUAAAAACGAUCAGGAAGAAAAUGAGCUAGUUAUAGCCUGUCUGCGGAGUCUGUAUGAGGAGAAACAGAAGAGCCAUCAGCACCCUCUGCCUGGAGACGGCAAACAGGUUUGUGAGGAGGCUGCUCCUGCACCCCAAGAAGCGCAGCAACAGAGUAGCAGUCGGCAGCGUCUGGAGCAAUUCAAGAGCCGAGCCAAACGCUCUCUCACUGAAUCCCUGGAGGGGAUCUGGAAGGGAAGCGGCAAGACCAGGCCUCAGCGGGAGAACAGCGAGGGAAGCGAGAGCGGCUCGUCCAUUUGCACCGUCAUCAGCAGCCAGGAUCAGCCCUGUCUGGAUGACCCCUUGCCUGCCUCCUGUCAGCUACGACCCACCAGUCCCCUCAAAGGCCACAACUCGACAGGAGACCUGAAGCGCCUUGAGACCUCUUUCCCCCCGUCCCCCUCCUCCUCUCUCGCUGACGCCGAGCCUCAGGGUUUCCGGCGUCGGGCUAGCACCUUCAGUCAUUCCCCCAGCCCUUCGUCAGCACUGGAAUACUCCCCACUGCACAAAGAAACUAACACCCCGCAGGACAGCGGCGCCGUCGCCAAGCCCAAGCUCGUCCGCCACUACUCUGUCAGCACAGACUCCCCUCACCAGAGCAAAGACGUAGCAGCUCUCUCAGCAUCCCGGGCAGCAGGUGUUGUGGGUGACAGCCCCCUGCGCAGCCACCGGCACUCAUGGAGGCAGCAGAUCUUCCUGCGAGUCGCUACACCUCAGAAAGGCACGGACACCUCCGAGCGGGCCGAUCAGUGCCUGGAGGGGGGCAGACUGUGUGUGGGCCAGGUGGCUGGCGGUGGAAGCGGGGACUCCAUGAGAGCAGUGCCAGAGGAAAGGACAAAGAGGAGCAAAGAGGAGCUGAGGGAGCUGUGGAGGAAGGCCAUUCUGCAGCAGAUCCUGCUGCAGAGAAUGGAGAUGGAAAACCAGAAACUACAAGCUUCAGAGAGUGAUCUGCAGAACAAGCGUCUCAAGCUGGACUAUGAGGAAAUUACUCCGUGUCUGAAGGAGGUCACCCUGGUGUGGGAGAAGAUGCUUGGAACUGCUGGGAGAGGAAGGAUCAAAUUUGACACCGAGACCAUACAUGCUGCAGUUGCUCAAGGUGUCCCCAGACAGCAUCGAGGCGAGAUCUGGAAGUUCCUGUCCGAACAGUACCUGCUCAGACAGACUGUACCUUCCCGACCCCCCUCCAAUCACACACCGUACAAAGAGCUGCUGAAACAACUCACCUCACAGCAACAUGCCAUUCUUAUUGACCUGGGUCGCACUUUUCCCACUCAUCCCUAUUUCCAGGCCCAGCUGGGGGCAGGACAGCUGUCUCUAUACAAUAUACUGAAAGCCUACUCACUGCUGGACCCCGAGGUGGGCUACUGCCAGGGCCUGUCGUUCAUUGCUGGGGUGCUGCUUUUACACAUGGGGGAAGAGGACGCCUUCAACAUGCUCAAGUUUCUGAUGUAUGACGUGGGGCUCCGUAAACAGUACAGACCUGAUAUGAUUAUCCUGCAGAUUCAAAUGUACCAACUGUCGCGCCUACUCCACGACUACCACAGAGAUCUGCACACCCACCUGGAGCAGCAGGAGAUCGGGCCCAGCUUGUACGCCACCCCCUGGUUCCUCACUUUAUUCGCCUCGCACUUCCCUCUGGGCUUUGUGGCCCGCGUUUUCGAUAUGUUGUUCCUUCAAGGCUCAGAGGUCAUCUUUAAGGUAGCUUUGAGCCUGCUGGGGAGCCACAAGCCUCUCAUCCUACAGCACGACAACCUGGAGUCCAUAGUGGACUUCAUCAAAACCACGCUGCCCAACUUGGGCCUGGUUCAGAUGGAAAAAACCAUUAACCAGGUUUGUGAGAUGGACCUGUCUAAGCAACUGCAGGCCUACGAGGUGGAGUACCACGUGCUGCAGGAUGAGCUGCUGGACACGCCUCCAACGCUCAACCAACAGCAGCGAGCCGCACAGCUUGAGAGAACCAAUCAGAGCCUCCGACAACAGAACUUGGACUUGCUGGAGGAGCUGCAGGUGUCCCACGCACGGGUCUGCAGCCUGGAGGGUCGGGUGGAGGCUUUGGCGCAGUCAGAGGAGCGGCUGAAGGAGCAGGUGUCUGCCCUGGAAGAGGAGAAGCGGCAGCUCCUGAGCACGGUCGCCCACCUCCAGAGCCUCCUCACCAGCCCCGAUGGACACGAACCCCCCCGGCCCGCUGACAGACACUCGGACUCCGAGCCCGACCCGUCGGUGCCCCCAACCGAUUUGUAACUGCUCCCUGAUGGAGCCGUAACGUCUUCUGACGGAGGAGCCAGCCGCAAAACAGCCCCUAAAGGACUGUGGCAGCUCCCGACAUCAAACGCCCCCUCCUCGAGAAUAUUUUAACUAAUAGAAGAGACACAGGGGAAAAAAAAGAGGAAAUAAAGCAAAGUAUGAGUUUAAAUGAGAGUAUGGGGGGAGAGGGGCACGUCGGCAGCCCCACAGUUAGCACUGACCCACCGGGUCUCUCUACUGUAAAAGCACAUCACUUCUUUGACCUUGUACGUUUUGAUCUUAGAGAGUAUUUUUGUGAUUUACUCUGUCGGAAUGCAACAAAGCAAAAAUGGCCAAAGAACAGCCCCCACAAACACACACACACACCUUUCCCCCUCCUCUCCUCCACGCGCUUUAGCUUGGAGAAAAAAGAUUCCACUGCUCAGUAUUCUUAAACAGAAGUGACGAUUACUGUUACUUAAAAAGCAAUUCUGGGGAAGAGGAGAAAAACGGGUCAGAAAGGCUAAGAAACUCAUCACCACAGUGUUUUCAUAUGAAAUAAUAAGAAAUUCAUAUAAGAUAAUAAUGAUAAUAAUUCCGCUAAAUGUGGCGAGCAUUGGAUGUCGGUGCAGAAAUUGAGAGUCUGAGCUUAAUUUUUGGGCUUCCACCCCAGGCAUUUCAUCCCAGGCUUCCAUACUUACGGGCGUUUUCACUGGGGUUUGGCCUCUGCCGCUCACAGGAAAAUUAACACAAUAUAUCCAGUCCAUUUCAAACAUCCUGUUUUGUUUUUUUUCCCCACCUCUGAACAUGCAAAUUUUCAGACCGCCGCUCUCCUGUUCGCCCGCAGACUCGAAACCAAUCGACUCCCAUAAAUCACAACACGCCCGGGUGUGACACUUGCAACUUGCGCCAUGGAGACAAUCAUUCACCUGUAGAUCAUUUACUGUAUUCAACACUGAACACGUGCGCCCGGGCUGCAGCUUGCCGUGCGUUCGGUUUGUGGACGUCUGAAUGUUACUGUGUUCCUCGUGCACUCCAGUGAUUGCAAUAGACCUCCUUUGGUUUACACUGUAAAGAUGUUUUUUUUUUUGCUUUUACCCCAACACUUUGUUGCACACGCUUUCUGUUUUAUUGAUUUGUGUUUUUGUUGUUGUUACUUUGAAAAUACAGUUCCUAUUCUUUCAGCACCUCAGAAGUCAGACUCGUCUUUGUGUGUGGCCUCAGAGCUCCGGUGUCAGGUGGGACAUGAAGGCAGCGCGGCCUCCUGUCUAAACACGUCGGUCCGCUUCGACGCUCCGGCCUGAAAACCCACUGCUCACAGACGGGCCCGCGUUCGCUUCCAGGAGCGCCGUCCUUAGGCGGGAAGAGCAUGCCGGGACAGGUCGCGCCUCUGUCAGUAAGCAUGUACUGUGUGUAUUUACACAACUGAGAAAAAAGGAGCAGCAGAACUGAAGACUGUUCAACAGCUACUAGGAUUUUUUUCUUUUUUUCUUUUUUCCCUCAGGUGACUGUGACGGUGAUUAGAUUUCCUCCAAAUUCUAGUCAAAGCAGCAAGAGUCUGAGCUCCUCGCAUUCCUGAACCUGCUGAAGGUGGGGCCAUAGUUGUAAUAAGUCAGCUGUUUCUAGAACAAAAAAAAAGAGGAUUUUUGGAGAAAAACUCCACUGGUUAACCAUAGCCUACUCUAAGGUUUGAUCUAUGGUUCUGUUUUCACACAUAUCUGAAAGUGUGACCAGCAAAAAUCUGUUGAGAAAAAAACCCAAAAGAUGCAAUCAAUAUUACUGCUGUUUGAAAGCUCGGAGUUUAGUCGUCAGAAUUAAGAGUUUCUCAUCUGACCUCUGA